UUUUCUUUUUUUAGUUUACAUUAGUUUUUAUCUUUAACUGUAAUUGUUAUGCAGGGAAUCAGGUGUGGCUUGGUACGAACAAAAAGGUAGAAUCCAAAUUCUCUUUCUGUCAUAUAUUUUUUCAGGCCUGGACAACAGUGGGUCCCCCCUUAAGGCUGGAUGAAUCUCAAAUACAAGUUUAUAUAGAUUUCUUGGUUACAUAAGCAGGAAACAGCACAUAGUAGAUAAGGCAAGAAGUUCACACUUCCUGACGCGCACAUCCUCAAGCUCUGUGGUUUCUUUCACAAGGUUUUCAUGAGCCUGGAAGCCUGCUGAGGCCUGUCUUUUAUUUCUGUCAUUUCAGCAUAAGAAUCUACAUCAUCAGAUCAAUUCUCAAAGCAGUUAUCAGAAUUCAUAAUGUUUAAUAAAAUUGUUAUAUAAAACAAAUCUAAUCCUGAGAUCAGAAAUCUAUAAAAUUUCAGUUGAAGGGGUCUCCUUUGGCAAUAAAAAAAUUAAUCACAGCACAUUGCUUAAUGUGAGAAUAGAAUAAUCAAUAGAAUAACAGAGUUGGAAGGGACUUUGGAAGUCAUCUGACACCUCUCCUCCUCAUGUGACACCUCUCCUGCGCAGACUGCACUGGCUACCUGUGGCCUUUCGGGUGCGCUUCAAGGUUCUGGUAACUAUCUUCAAAGCGCUCCAUGGCAUAGGGCCAGGUUAUCUACGGGACCGUCUGCUGCCACCGAUUGCCUCCCACCGACCCGUGUGCUCUCACAGGGAGGGACUCCUUAGGGUGCCGUCAGCCAGGCAGUGCCGACUGGCGACACCCAGGGGAAGGGCCUUCUCUGUGGGGGCUCCCACCCUCUGGAACGAACUUCCCCCAGGACUCCGUCAACUUCCUGACCUUCGAACCUUUCGCCGCGAGCUUAAGACACAUCUAUUUAUCUGCGCAGGACUGGACUAGAAUUUUAAAUUUUAAUUUGGUUUUAACGGGGUUUUAUUAUUUUUAUUGUAAUUUUUAAUAUUCGGCCUUGUUCAAUAAGUUUUUUAAUUGGUGUUUUAUCUUGUAUUUAUAUUCGUGUUUUUUAUCAGGCUGUAAACCGCCCUGAGUCCCUCGGGAGAUAGGGCGGUAUAAAAAUGUGAUUAAAUAAAUAAAUAAAUAAAUAAAUCUAGUCUAAUCCCCUGCUCAAAUAGGAAGGUCUGUUUUAGACAAAUGGAUGUCCCAAUUUCUUCUUGAAAGCCUCCAGUGAUUAGGCAUUCACAACUUCUGAAGGCAAGUCAUUUGACUGGUUGAAUGUUCUCACUGUUAGGAAAUUUCUCCUUGGUUCUAGCUUGCUUCUUUCCUUGAUUAGUUUCCAUCCAUUGGUUCUUGUCUUGCCUUCUGGUGCUUUGGAAAAUAGUUUGCCCCCCUCAUCUUUGUGGCAGCUCCUCAAAUACUGGAACACUAUUACCAUAUAUGCCCUAGCCCUUCUUUUCACUAGACUAGACAUACCCAGUUCCUGCCAUCAUUCUUCAUAUGUUUUCCCUUCCAGUCCCCUAAUCAUCUUGGUUGCUCUUCUCUGCACCUUUUCAGUGCCUCAGUGAGCAUUGAUGAGUGCUCAUUGCAAGCUUACAUUUCACAAUUAAUAGAAACAAUAUUUUCUCAAAGCAACUUGCUAUCAAUUGAAGUGAAAGAACAGAUGCUAAUGAACAUGUCAAUUCUACCCUCUGUUGGCAUCUUUGAACAUAAAUUGCUAUAUAAUAUAGAAAUAUGAGUGUGUGUGUGUGUGUGCAUGCACACACACACACAUGCACAUAUAUGUGGUUGGAAGAUGCAAAAAGAUACAGUUUUGCAAAGACUCUUGGGAGUCAUAUCAGGCCCCCUGGGAAGCCAGUGAGAUGGAUCCAAAUAUCACAGAAUUCAGGAUGUCUUAAAACUCAAAACACAUUUGAAGGACAGUUUAGAAAUUUGGAUUCCAUAUACUCAAAGACUUGAAUGCAAAGUGACAUCUCCAAGUUCUAAGAUGCCAACAGAUGGCAAAACUGAUGAGCUGGAGGCAGAAUUCUCCCAGGGACCAGGUGGGAUCAGUGUGUUGGGGCCUUCUUAAAAAACACUACUACUGAGUCAGCGAUCAGAUGAGUCAUGAGGCUAAAUUUCUUUCUUGAUUAUUAGGUUGAUUCUUAAGAGUUGGAGAUUUUUCUUUCAUGUUUAGUAUGUAAGGAGAAAUUAGUACGUUCAUUGUUUCAUUACCAUCAAUAUCUCUCACUCUUGGCUUAAGACCAUUCUCACUAUCUGAUGCUCUUAUUGACACUAUUGCAUGACUCCAUAGAAAAUCCUUAUGGGUGAGGUAAUCUCAUAGAUGGAGAAAAAAGAUUCAUUCUCUUAUUUAUUUAUAUUCCCCCUUUAUUAUUUUUUAUAAAUAACUCAAACACAAUGCACCCCAGUGAGAUGGGUUAGGCAGAGAGAAAGUGACAGCCCAAAAUCACCCAGCUGGCUUUCAUGUGCAAGACAGGAUUAGAACUCACAGACUUCUGGUUUGUAGCCUUAAACAAUAGAUCCCUCUCCCUCUCUCUUUGUCUCUCUCUCUCUCUCUCUGUGUGUCUUUCUCUCUCAUCCUCCUGCUCCUCCUGCUCCUCCUCCUCCCUCCCUCUCUCCUCCUGCCCCUUUCUCCCCCAACCCAGCAUGUUUUCCUGGGAACUUUUAAGUGAUUAUUUGGAGUGUCUUAUUUUGGAACCCUAGCUUCACAAAAUAUCCAUUUUUGAAGUUUUAGUGUUUUGUAAUCAGUAAUUUAGUUUGUAUUCUACAUUUUUGGGGGGAGGGAGGAAAAGGCAAUAUGUGGUAUAUGUUUCUUUUUCAAUAUUAUGUUGCUUUACUAAUCCUGGUUUUUUUCCAUACCUUGCUAAGUAGAUUGUUUUCAAAAAAUUCUUGCUGGCAAAUUAUUAACCUUCCCAUUUGAUCUAUUAAAUUGGGUGUAUAAAAAGACCUCUGGACCUUUCCAGGAGAACAAACGCACAGGAGGGAUAUUAAUCAUUGCUUAUUCCAGGUGGAUUUGGGGCAUGGUUUCUGUUUUCAAAAGCUUGCCAAUCGCUGGCAAAAACUGUUGGCGGCCCAAUUUUAGUUUCACCAGUGAGAUAUCCUCUAUCAAAAUGACUCUCAAGGACCAUGGGCUACAUUUCUUCCGCAGUGCUGUGGAUGCAGUCCUGCCGGGGCCGAUACUGAAAAGGGCCUUGGUGCUACAACCAGGUGGAUGCCCCAGACUUUUGCUUCAUGGCCGGCCUUUUGAACUGAAGAGAAAUCUAUACGUGGUUGGCUUUGGAAAGGCUGUUCUGGGCAUGGCAGCAGUGGCUGAGGACAUCCUCGGAAGCCACCUCACUCAGGGAAUAAUCAGUGUUCCUCAAGGCAUCCAAGAAACUCUGCGACAUGCAGGAAUGAGGGAAAUGUUACUGAAGCCACACAGCCGAAUCCAAGUCCUGGAAGGCGCGAGAGACAACCUUCCUGAUAAAGCAGCUGUGGAGGCAGCCAGGGCCAUCUUGGAAUUAGCCAAGAGUCUCACAGCAGAUGACCUUCUCCUGGUACUAAUUUCAGGAGGUGGAUCUGCUCUUUUACCUGCACCUAUUCCUCCUGUCACCCUCGAAGACAAGGCCACCGUCACCAGAUUACUUACUUCAAAGGGAGCCACCAUUCAAGAGCUGAAUACCAUUCGAAAGGCUCUCUCUUUGUCAAAAGGUGGGGGGCUGGCCCGGGUGGCUUAUCCUGCUCAAGUUUUGAGCCUCAUCCUCUCUGAUGUCAUUGGAGAUCCACUGGACAUUAUAGCAAGUGGCCCGACUGUUGUCGUUUCUCACAACACGCAGGAUUGCUUUCAGAUACUGGCCAAAUACGAUGUAUUGAAUACCUUGCCAAAGUCUGUGUUGACAGUCCUCUCUAGCUCUGCCACAAAGCACAGCACCCAGCAAGACUAUUACCACGUCUACAAUGUUGUGAUUGGCUCCAACAGGCUAGCUUUAGAGGGAGCCAAAUGCCAAGCAGAACAGUUGGGUUACCUGACUAUACUUUUGAGUGAUGCCGUGGGUGGGGAGGUCAGCACUGUUGCCCAUUUCUAUAGCCUAUUGAUUCAGUUUGUGUGCUUGAGCAUUAUAAAUGAUGCUGGAAAUAGACCUUUAAGAGACUCCGUGAAAGAAUCACUCACAAGCAUUUCAGGACAGCUGGAGAUUCCAGUUUUGAGCCUGAUAGACUCUCUAAUAACAAUGAAAGAAACCCAUGUGGAGAACCCCAUUUGUCUUCUGGCAGGUGGAGAAACCACCGUGCAGGUUCAAGGAAGUGGGAAGGGUGGAAGGAACCAGGAACUGGCUCUGCGAGUGGCCUUGGAACUGCACAGAGCUAAAUCCACUAUGGAGGGAAGCUGUCUUAAUAAAUAUGAAGUCAUGUUUUUGAGUGGUGGAACUGAUGGACAAGAUGGGCCAACAGAGGCUGCUGGGGCCUUCUGCAGCCAGGAUCUGGUAGAGGAGGCCAAGCAGGAAGGCUUUGAUGUGGGAAGCACGUUGAACAAUAAUGAUUCAUACACAUUUUUCACCAAGUUCCAAAAUGGACAUCACCUUUUGAUAACAGGCCUGACAGGCACAAACGUCAUGGACAUUCACGCUGUUUUAAUCAGAAGGCGAAGAACUUAGUGAUGUCACAGACAUUGAGUUGUUUUGAUUACAAAGGAAUCUGUAGGCAACCCGAAUGGCAUAUCUCUGUCCAGGCUGUUGAUAACAAGGAUGGUUACUGAUAGACAAGGGGGUCACUUUAAUUAGAUCACGGAAACAGCUGCUUGAAACUAUCACAAUUAGUUGUUUUAUAACAACUUUCUUAAUUAGUAUGAAGAAUUCUUCUGGUCAUUCUGAGUGGGCCAGGCCAUAAAAGAGGAGCUAACAAAACUCCAUUUAGUCUUGAGGAUACUAUCCAGAGGACACCUUAAUUUUGUAAACUUCUGUUAUCCAAGGUUGGCCCACAAUAUUUUGUAACUACCCUUCUCGGACGUUAAACAGGAGUUUGUCUCGUAUGGGGCUUGCUUCCCCCAUUCCCCCAGCUUUCAUGCAUGUGAUGAUGAUAUCUUUUUUUCAGCCAUCUAGAAGUACAUGGUGGAUGUCUGUAGAUAGGGGGGAAGGGUUGCUUUGUGUAGCUGUUCACCCAUGCAAGCAGGAACCGAGAUAGUACUUGCUCACUUGGGAUUCUUCAUGCACAUGGGACAGUUUCCUGCCCCUCAGACUUCGUAGAGACAGAGACACAGCCGUAAGAGACAUGACAUUGGGAGGAAUGGUUUCAUAUGGAAGCAAUAUCGUGCUAACCUUGUAACUCUUUUCCCCGCCGGAUUUGCCGAAGCAGUUUCUGAAGCUAAUACAGUGUUGCUGAACUUUUUGUGUAUCACUGCAAAAUAAAGCAUUUUCUUCAAGAA